AUGUCUGCUGCCAGCUGUCUGAGAUCUGAAGAUCAGUUUCUGUGCUCCAUCUGUCUGGAUGUGUUCACUGAUCCAGUCACCACACCAUGUGGACACAACUUCUGCAAAAACUGCAUCAAUGAACACUGGAACAGUAAUGUCCUGUACCUGUGUCCACUGUGUAAAAAGACUUUCUACACAAAACCUGAGCUUCACAUCAACACAUUGCUCUCUGAGAUGGUUUCUCAGUUCAAACAGGAAGCUCAACAGAAAGCCAGCAGCAGCAGCUCAGAGCAACAAGCUGCCAAACCAGGAGAAGUUCCCUGUGAAGUCUGUACUGGAACCAAACUGAAGGCCCUGAAGUCAUGUAUGGUGUGUCUGACCUCCUUCUGUGAGACUCACCUGGAGCCUCAUCUGACAGCUACACGUCUGAAAAGACAUCAGCUGAUCGACCCUGUGGAGAACCUGGAAGACAGGAUGUGUAUGAAGCACGAUAAACCUCUGGAGCUGUUCUGUAAGACCGACCAGACAUGUGUCUGCAUGCUCUGCUCUGUUUUAGACCACAAGACACAUGAGUUUGUUCCUCUGAAAGAAGAAUAUGAAGGAAAGAAGGCAGAGCUGGGGAAGACAGAGGCUGAAAUUCAGGAGAUGAUCCAGAAGAGACGACUGAAGAUUCAAGAGAUCAAACACUCAGUUGACUUCAGUAAGGGAGCUGCAGACAGAGAGAAAGCAGAAGGUGUUCAGGUCUUCACCGCUCUGAAGGAGUCUGUUGAGAGAAGCCUGAAUGAGCUCAUUGAGACGAUUGAAGAGAAGCAAAGAACAACAGAGAAACAGGCUGAAGACUUCAUCAAAGAGCUGGAACAGGAAAUCUCUGAGCUGAAGAAGAGAAGCUCUGAGGUGGAGAAGCUCUCACACUCUGAAGACCACCUCCACCUCCUCCAAAACUUCCUGUCCCUGAACGCUGCUCCACCCACCAAAGACUGGACAGAGGUCAGCGUCCGUCCAUCAUAUGAGGGGACUGUGGUGAGAGCUGUGGCUCAGCUGGAGAUGACGCUCAGUGAACAGAUGAAGAAGCAUUUUGAACUGAGGAGGGUCCAGCAGUAUGCAGUGGAUGUGACUCUUGAUCCUGAUACAGCACAUAGCUCGCUGAUCUUGUCUGAUGAUGGGAAACAAGUUUACUGUGGCGAUGUGACGAAGAAUCUCCCAGACAACCCAGAGAGAUUUACACGUUAUGUUAGUGUGUUAGGAAAGCAGAGUUUGUCUUCAGUCAGAUUUUACUUUGAGGUUCAGGUUAAAGAGAAGACUGACUGGGAUUUAGGAGUGGCCAGAGAGUCGAUCAACAGGAAAAAAUACACCCCACUGAUCCCUCAGUAUGGUUUCUGGACUAUAAUUUUGAGAAAUAGAAAUGAGUACAAAGCUGAUUAUAACCCUUCAGUCUAUCUCUCUCUGAAGUCUCGUCCUCAGAAGGUGGGGGUGUUUGUGGAUUAUGAGGAGGGUCUGGUCUCCUUUUAUGACGUAGAUGCUGCAGCUCUUAUCUACUCCUUUACUGGCUGCUCCUUCACUGAGAAACUCUACCCAUACUUCAGUCCCUGUUUUAUUGCUGGUGGUAAAAACUCCGCCCCUCUGAUCAUCUGUCCUUACCUUCUCGAGGACCGGAACUCCCCGUUUGGUCUUCUGUCAUUCGUCAGAGAAACGUCACGAGGAUCUCAUGCGGUUUGCUCGACUCAGCCAAUAGUGAUACAGGAAGGUGAAGAUGCUGUUCUUCAGUGUUGGCUGGACUCACCGAUCGAUGUGUCCACGUACACAUGUGAUUGGAAGAGAGUUGACCUCAUCGGAUAUAUCUGCGUCUAUCGAAAUAAACAGGAUCUCCAUGAUGAGCAGAUGAAGAGAUACAGAGGCAGGACGACUUUCAUUCAUGAAGACCUGAUUAAAGGGAACCUGACUCUGAAGAUCUCCUCAGUCCAGUUGAAUGACAGCGGACAAUAUGAGUGCUACAUUCCUAAACUGGAGACCAGAUGCGUCAUGAACGUCAGUGUCGUAUCAAAGGAGCAGCUAGACAGUAUGGAGAGAGGUGAAGACGACAUCACAACCAGACCUCCAGUGUAUGAUGUGACCAAGCCAGAAGAUCAUGAUGCUGCAGACACGAGGAAUCACUAUUGGAUUGCCAUCUCCUUUUUUGUGUUCAUUUCUGUGGUCUUCAUUGGAGUGCUGGUGAAAUAUGGAACAAUCUGCGGCAGGAGGCGGAGACCGAUGAAUGAAGCAGCAGAGGAGGGUAAAGACCUCGACACUGUGAAAAAAGACCUGGAAGAUGUGUAG